AAACAGGGGGCUGUGUGUGUGUAUGUCUGUGUGUGUGUGUGUGUGUAGCUGUUGCUAGACAGUCUUAAGUAGGGUUAGAGGAAGGUACUUAAAGGUUAAGCUUUAGUUUGCAGAGCAGAGGGAGUCUAUUUAAAGGACACCACCUCCACCUCAUUAAUGAUUCAACAACAGUUUGCCCCUCCCCCACGCCUCGUCAAGAUCAGCUGGAGGAAGUUGUUGUCCGGCCAAUGGGAUUACAGCACCGGACUGAGUCUGUGUGUGUGUGUGUGCGUGUGUCUGUAGCUGAGAGGGAGAGUCAGCCUGGAUGUGCAGCAGCAGCAGCAGCAGCAGCAGCUAUGCCUCUGUUUGUAUGUGUGUGUGCAUGAAGGGAAUGUAGGGCAGUCGCUUGUUUCUCUCUCCCUCUAUCUUCUCUCCUGUCUGUCUUUGUUUCUGUGUUGCCGUUGCUGCAGUCGCCACGGUGACGGCUGCCUCGGCUCUGCUUUUGCAGAGGGCUCUGUCUCUGUGUCUCACCGUGUGUUGCCUGACAUCAAGGAUUUGCAGAGGGAACAUGUUGCCUCCCUGAGGAACCAUUGUCUGCAUGAGGGUGUGUGUGUGAUUGUGUGUGUGAGGUGGCUACAGGAUCAAGACAUGAAUUCCUGUUGGAAAAUGAAGAUUCAGAAUGAAAAGCCUCUGGGUCAUUCUGCAAGCAGGUCCAGCAAUAUCUCAAAGGCCGGGAGCCCGACAUCCGUCAACGCUCCUUGCAGUUUCUCGAGGACAUCAGUUUCUCCCUCCAGCCAGGACAUCUGCAGUCUCACUCAGGGCUGUCAGAAGCAGACUGCAGUGGUUCUGCUGAAUUCUAGUGGCAAAACAUGUCAGGGUCCAGGUGGUAUUUCGGUGAGCACCCUCUGCACAGAUGCUCUACCAGACUCCAAACACCCCAAACAACGAGACUGGCUCUCUCUGCUCUGGCCCUCCUCGGGCAACAUCCGACCCAAGAGCUCUCUUAGGUUCUCCGUGUCCCUGAACGACGUGGGACAGCGCGUGGACAGUCUCUGUCGCGGCCUGCACUUUAUAGAUCGCACCUGCUCCGAAGGAGAGCUGGAGCUGAAGCCCGACCCUCCACAGCCGCACGACUUGGACCGAAAGGCUCACGCGCCAAACGGCGAGCUGUCUACAGCAUCCACACACCAGCACCCAAAUCCUGCCCUCUCAACUCACCCCCACUUAAUCCCCUCCUUCACCAACAACUACAAAUACAUGUUAGGUAAUGGCAUCCCUCCUGCUGAUUGUUCUCCGUCUGACCCUGCUCUGAUCUCUCCUCCUCCUCCUCCUCCUCCACUUUCCGGCAAUCACCUCCACCCUCAUCCCUCUGCAAAUUUCCUCCGCCUCCUCCUUCCCUUUUCUCGCUCUUCUACCUCGGCCAGCCUGCAGUGCUCUGAGCUGGGCAGCUAUGACUCUCACCUCCACAUCACCAAGUCUGCAAGUGCCCUGCUGGAAGGAAGCGAGUCAGGGUUUCCUCUUGAGGAUGUAGUGGGUGAAGAUGACAUGUUUGAGAGGGACUGGUCCAGUCUUGCUCCAAAGGCAACAGGCCAACUGGCCACGUCAGACGCAGUCACAACGGUUGGCCCACGCUCUGUCCUCGCCCCGCUGUGCUAUAUCGAUGAGGACAGUGACUUGGACUGCUGCCCGUCCCCUUUGUCAGAGAAAACUGGGCAACUGUCCCUCUUUUCGCUCUCUGGGGACUGCUGCAGGAUUUGUCACUGUGAAGGGGACGAGGAGAGUCCCUUGAUCACGCCAUGCCACUGCACGGGGAGCCUGCGCUUCGUCCACCAGGCCUGUCUACAGCAGUGGAUCAAGAGCUCCGACACUCGCUGCUGCGAGCUCUGUAAAUACGAGUUCAUCAUGGAGACCAAACUCAAACCGCUGCGCAAGUGGGAGAAGCUACAGAUGACGGCGAGCGAGAGGAGAAAGAUCAUGUGCUCGGUCACCUUCCACGUCAUCGCCAUCACGUGCGUGGUGUGGUCGCUCUACGUCCUCAUCGACAGAACGGCAGACGAGAUCAGACAAGCCGGAAGAAUCCCAGGGAUCCUGGAGUGGCCGUUCUGGACCAAGUUGGUGGUGGUGGCCAUCGGCUUCACGGGCGGACUGGUGUUCAUGUACGUCCAGUGCAAAGUCUACAUACAUCUAUGGAGGCGACUGAAGGCCUACAACAGAGUCAUAUACGUCCAGAACCGGCCGGAGACGUGUAAAAAGCUGGCGCUGGAGAAGCCGCCGCUCAUGGAGCCGAGUCUGGAGAGCAAGGAGGCUCUGGCCCCCACCCAGUCGGACACAAACUCCUCCCAGUACACAGAGACAGAGGACUACAGUAUGGAGGUGCUCCAUGUCUGACCACACGGUCCACGCCGGUGGUUGUCAUGCGACGCUCACAAACAGGUUCAAGGGACGAUGAGACACUGAUCCCAGACUGAUCCACUGUCCACUUCUGCUCAUCUUGUGUCCCCACAGUUCCAUCCACAGAGUCAGACGGACCACGACUCUCUUCUUCUUACCCAUUAUCCCACUGAUGAGACCUUGUUCCUCCUUCCUUCGUACACACUCUCUUUUUUCCCCAGAAAUGGACUCUACAGUUUCUACUGACUUCUGUAAAUGUCUGGAGAGGCCGUGGAACACACCAGUCUGUGUACACACACACACACACACACACACACACACACACACACACACACACACACACACACACACACACACACACACACACUGGAGGAGCAGGACUGAGAUAAAUGGACUCAUAAGUGGCUCCAAAGGUUUACACAUAUCUGAUGUGUGGUUUCGUUUGCUUGUGGGUUCGUUAGAUUUGUUUGUUUUUACCUCCCGUGAGUCUUGGGCGAACCCUUCGUGGAUCAGUAUGUAGCGCCGCACAUCAGAUCUCUGGAACAUUCCAGCCACUGCCAUCUCUGUCGCUGUGGUCCAUCAACGUCUGCGCUGGUCUGGAUCCGACCAGUUUUAUUAACGCGGACAUGCAUCAAAGCACUUUUAUUUUUUUAGCUUCCUUUCUUUAGCUCCUCUUUUUUUUUUUUUUUUGGUCAUUAAUAUAAAUGAAGUCUUGUAUGUUGUUGUACAUGGAGGAGAGCACACGUAAACAAGCUUGGGAAUGUUUCAUUUCCUGUUUUAUUUGACAUUUAAUUUCUUUGUACGCAACUAUACACGUAUGAAAAACCCUCCCGUGGAUGACAAAAAAGGAAUUAGGGUUGAAAAAUGGAAAGAAAAAAGGCGUUGACUCUCUUACUGUGCAAGGCAGUGCAUUAACAGACCCUAAAUACUCCGAAAAAUAAACCACUAGCAGACAGACAACUGCCUAAAAAUAAGCUUUACACCAAUUUUUGCUCUACAGGUCAGGACCCACACACUCCUAAUCCAUCUUUCCAUCCAGUUUAUGUCCAAUGUGACAUUUAGGAUCAUUAUUUCCAGGAUUUGAGAUGAGCGGAAGUCUCAGUUUGUGUGGAAAGUGUCUUGUUAGACUCUCACACAUGGUGGUGGAUCUCUGUUUUAGUAUUCAUCAGCAGACAGCCAACUUGUUCCUGCUCAUUUGAUUGAGUGUUUCUCUCACAUCGCGUCUUAUGUGGAUCAAAUGAGACAAGUUGGUUCUGGCACCUUUUUUUUUAAAAAAAGAACAAUAAUAAUAAUAAUAAUAAUAAUUCCUCUGCAGAAGCACAGCUGUAAGUGACACUGUUUCCGAAAGCAGUUUUCACAUUCGUCGACAAAAUAACAUCAUUUACUUUGCAAUAAAAACUAAUUAAAAGAACAUGUUUGGCACCUGUGACAGAUGCAACAAUGCAACAGUAAUCCUCAUCACUCAGUGGUGAGCUCACUGCACUGCCACCUGCUGGUCAUUUUUAAGUCACGUUGGAGGAUUCAAUGCCAGGGCUCACGUUGAGCCUCAGAGCCAUUCCAGCAACACACACACACACACACACACACUUUUUAAUAAAACAAAACUGUCUUUGAUACCGUCUGUGAACGUCCAUGUUCAAAACACACACCUGAUGAUGACUGCUCGGCAGCAGCAGCAAUAAACAAAAAUCCGAGCUUUUUCUUUCUUUCUCUCUCUGGCAUCAGUGCAUCCUGUACUUGUGAAUAUGCCCCCAUGCUGACGUGAGAUCUGGAGUCUAAUACAAUAUUAACAGAUAAUAAUUAAAUACGAGCCAAGGGAGUUGUCGUGUGUCAAGCUGAAUUAAGAUGUUGUAAUGAGAUGCGUUCUCUCAAACUUCAUAAACUCCCACGUGGCUCAGUGCAAUUAGACAGAUUAAAAAAAUAAAUAAAAGUGCAAUUA